AUGACGUCCACUCCUAGAAUGCAACAGGUUCACCUGGGACUCGGUCUAUCUGACUACUUACUCACUGAACGCACUGCUACUACAAAAAGCACUCUCUGCAAGCUGGAGCACACCGCCUACGAAGCUAUUCUUCUGGAACAAUGCCCAGCUAGCGUGUGGCCAGGCCAUUCAUACACUUACGGAUGUCCCCGACCAAUGCUAAUCGACCAAGAGCACGAUAAGCAGCUAGUGGAAUUUCACGAGGCACUCAUCAUAGCAAUUACCGACAUUGUCCGGCGCUGGUUAUCUGACAAGGAUGCCAACUUUCCUGGGCGCAUGCCUUUAGAACCAGAGGAAGAGGGGUUGCUACAAUGGUUGGAUGAACAGGUAUCUCUGGGGACCUUGGCUCCUUACUCGCCAUUGCAGAUGGGAUCGUGGCGGCCGGAUUUCCUCGUUGAAGAUACCGAUGGCGGUCAUGAAAACUUUCGACUUAGCGAGAUCAAUGCCCGUUUUUGCUUUAAUGGGUUUAUGCAUGGAUACUACGGCCAGACAGCGCUUGAGAAAAUGGGCAUGACGCGGGCUGGGCUUAUCGGCGCAGCAGAUGGGGAGCAGUUCUUUGAAGGCUUGCUUGAUCUAUUUGAUCAUAAACUGCCUCUUCACUUGCUCAAGGGCGACGAGAAAGGCAUCGACAUCACCAUGUUUAUCCAUGCCGUGCGAAAGCGACUAGGUUUCAGCCCUCGGCUGAUCACUCCAGCAGACCUCCGGCUAUUUUCUGACCCUCAACAACCCGGUAGAACAAAGCUGGGCUGUCUAGCGGACCAGCCAAACGCAACAGGACCGACAUUUACCACUGCCCAAGGAGAAAUUGUUGAAGAGAUCCACCGGGUUGGUCUGGAACUGCACCAGCGAGAGCUGGCUGCAUUGGAUCCUGCCAUUUUACAGCAAGUCAGCCUGCGAUGCUUCAACGACAUGAGGACCAUUCUGUUAGUCCACGACAAACGCAUGCUCGGCAUCAUUAAGCAGGAAUUGGCGCUGUUGGUGAGCCGACAGGUGUUGUCCCCAGCGCAGGCGGUAGCUCUCGACAAGGGAAUUGCAGACACGUAUCUCGCUGGCUCGCCGGAUCUGCAUGAGCUGAUGCAGACUUCGCUGCUUCCGUCUUUGCUAGACCAGAAAAACGACUUUCUUCUCAAGCCGGUCCGCGGCGGCAAGGGAGCCGGUAUUGUGUUCUGCGAGGAUAUUACUCGUGCAGAAUGGCUUGUAGCACUGCAGCAGCUGCAAAACCCGAGCCUUGUGCAUGGGUCUAGUAUGGUUGUUCAACGCUGCGUGAAGCAGACUUUGUACAGUCUAAUACUCAGGCAAUCAGACAAUCAACAGCGGUAUCCCAUCGUGGGCACGUACCAUACGGUCCACGGCAAAUAUCUCGGCCUCGGUACCUGGAGAAGCAGCAGUGAGCGUAUCUGCGCAGUGAGCAGCGGAGGUGCCUGGUUUUGCUCCGUAAUGAAGCCUACUGCAAUUCGUGCUUGCUGAAGUGGCUGCAGGCACGGGCUGCUUUGAUAUCUCCUCAUCCUGCAGGAGACAACAACCUAAAGCUGACGAUGCUUUUAUGGAGCUGCGACAGAGAAAUUUUGAGGCUUGCAGCUGAGUAGAAAAUUCUGCCAGAUUGAAUUGAAUCUUUGUUCGCUGCUGUAUACAGAUCCGCAUUGACGUGCAGCAAGCUACGUAUUUUUUCAUGCUGAGGGACAAAGAAAAAGAGAAUAUAUUGGUUCUUUAUUUAGAUGCGUCUAUAGCACCAAGACAUGCAUCUGGUAUCUGCGGCGCAAAUAUGCAUAUGCCAGGUCUUGUCCCCAUCAAGC